AUGAAUAAUAUGAAAUCAGUAUCUUCUGUUCGUAUUCAUUUGGAUACAACAGACGAACCUUCAAGACGUUCAUCAUUUGAUUUAAAUACAAUUUCAUCAAUAUUAUCACGAACAAAAAAUCGAUUAAAUACAAAUGUAACUAGUAGAUCAUCUUCAAGUCUUGAUGGACAACGAACUGCACGUUUGAGUAGUGUCAGUAGUAGUUAUGCACAAUUUUUAAAACAACGCGAUAUAGAUAAAACUAAAAAGACCCUAUCACAAGAAGAUCAUCGUUUGUUAUUAUCAUCGAGUGAAUGGGUUGAAGAUAUAAAAGAUAGCGACCCAUAUGUAUCCGUUAUUAGUCGACUAAGUGAAGCAAUUCAAGAUUCUGAAACAUACAUGGAAUUCGUUAAAAAAUCUGUUACUAUCGUGACAAAUACAAGUGUUAAAUAUCUUAAUGAUUGUCCAGUUCAAUCAAAUUUACCAGUUUAUCUACUUGUUGUUGGUUCAAUGGGACUUGUACGUGUAUUAAACUUAUUAUGGAAACAAUUUCGUAGAAGACGAAUGAGAAAAUUAGAAGGUGUAGAACUUGAUCAAGAAGAAGAAACUGAGAAUAAUGGGUCCGAUUUUACAGAUGCUGUUUUAAAUCUUUUUCUUCUUGCUUGGUUUAUUGUUGGACAAUAUUGGACAUGGCGUGUAUUUAUGCCUAAUUUUGAAUUUGGUAUUGAAAAUCCAAAUAAUUAUUGUCAUAGAAAUGUAUAUAUAUUUACACUUAUUCAUAUUGGCUUUGUUUAUGUCAUGUUUCUUGCUGCUAUAUUUUUUCUUAUUGCACUUGCAUGUUGUGCUAGAUUUCCACAUUUAAUUAUUAAAACACCACGUUAA